AUGGCGGGGUUUCCGCCUUUGGCCCCGGUGCCCUCCCCCGCAGUGCGGAGGACCAUCCCAUCGAAUGACUGGGAGGCCUGCCUGGAUGCAUGGAUGAUGCUGCUUGGUAUUCGCCUCAAUGCAUCUGACCAGCAAUUCGAAGCUGGUGCUACCGAGGACCUUCCUGCGGCAUCAUUUCUGGACUCAUUCUACCAAUAUGCUGCUGCGGGGGACUCUGGGCUACAAGCCGGUCCCAAAGCUCGACAAUUGAGGAAGCUCUGCUUUCUUGCUACAAGGCGAUAUCUCCUUGGUCUUUCCAAUCCACCGGAAGGACUUUUGAAUUGGCAGCUUUUGGGAAACCUAUGUUGCUGCUAUCCAUCAAGCAAUGCUUUGAAGACGUCAUUAUCAACGGCGUGGGACAUGCACCAUGAACAAAUAUCACCCAGCAUAGAAAAGGCAAAGUCACAGGUGACCAGCCAAUUAUUACUAGGUGGAAAAUCAGCAGACGCCAAAAUAAUAUCAGAUAUUCGACGUCUCACCAUCCUGGCCUCGGUAUUGCCGCCUUGUGGCCAGAUCCUGAUGGCAGGAUCGGACUUCUUGGAUACCCUUGUGGAGGCGUACGAGACGCAACCCCGAGAAGAACUACGCAAGAUCUUAGUUGCCAAUGUUUAUGUUGGCCUCGUCUCAUUGUUGAAGGAGCCGUCGACCAACUUGUCUCUGCUUCUUGAUCAGCUGUUCAGUCUCAAGGCAGGCGCCGGAGUCGGGACAACCAGAAUGAAGAAGAAGGCCACUCUCCUUUCCGAUCUCGUCUGUAGCUCGGAUUUGCUACAACGGCUCGAGAAGUAUCUUGCGAGCCACCCGCAAAAACGAGGAGAGGACCUUCUCGCCAGCUUGCGUGCCUACCAAAUGGAAACGAAGCCUCUUCACCAUCGUUAUCAAAGACGAAAGAAGAUCGACAAGGGCAAGGGAGCUUCCACAGGCCCUCUUAUUCCAGACGAACUCCACGCUCACAAGAUGUCACUCGUCUCCCAAGUGCAAGACCUCUUCCCAGAUCUUGGUUCAGCAUUUGUCGUGCGCCUACUAGACAUUUACAACGAUAACCCAGAAACAGUCAUCUCUCACCUACUAGACGACUCUCUCCCCCAAGAAAUUCAAUCUCUCGAUCGAUCCGAACAGCUCCCACCACCAGCUGAACCCGCCCACGAUCAUCUAGCACCUCGACCAACCCCACCUGUCUCACCUCCACUAGACCCAGUCCCAGCACGCCGAAAUGUCUUUGAUGAAGACGUCGACAUCGCCGAACUCAGCCGCACAGGUGACGCCGAAGGCAAACUCCGAUUCGGCCGCGCCGGAGUAGACCUAACUGCCGAUGCAGUCCUCGCAGACCGCAGCCAACACGCAACGAACAAAGCCGCAAUUCUUUCCGCGCUCGCAACCUUCGACUCGGAUGAUGACGAGCGCGAUGACACAUACGACGUCGCAGACGUAGGCGGAACCGUCGACGCCGUCACAGCAGGCACAGACGCCGAAGCAGACGCUGAGGCUCAGACUCGCCGCGCGGCUGAUCUAGAAAUGACUCUCUUCCGCGCGUACAAGGGCAAUGCGGCUCUAUUCGGGCGGGACUCUGCGACGCGCCGCUCGCAGCCUCGUGCUUCGCUUAAGCGUGACACAAACAUGACGGACGAAGCUAUUGAGGGAUGGGCUGUUAUGCUGACGCGGGAUCCGAAGCGCCUUGCUAAGCUUGAGGAUAGGCUUGCCGUUGAUGCGGGUGGUGCUGGUGCUGGUGCGUUGAACCAGCCUUCACUUCCUUCAACGUCAUACAGGAGGCCGCAGACUGAGAAUGAUUCCGGGGAUGAUGGAGAGGCUGGACCGGAAGGUGCCCGUGGAAGAGGCGGAGGACGUGGUCGGGGCCGAGGUCGUGGUGGUCGAGGACGAGGAGGCCGGCCUCAGGAGCCCGAUAGUGCGGCGGCGCAUCAGAGAAAGGAGCAGAAUAAGGCGAGUCGAGCGAAUCAUAAUCGGCGACAGCAGCGGGCGAAGAAGAUUGCGCGUGGAGGUGGCUUGCCUGGUUGA